AUGGUGGUGGCUGGCGAGGCUUGCCCCGCCAGCGCGCCGCACAAGCCGCCAGGCGCUGCCUCUCGAGCAGCACUACUAAUGCUCAACUUGUCGGCCAUGGUGCUCCUGUCGGCGCGCUGGUGGGCGGGGGUCGGCAGCAGCCCCGGGGGCACGACGCCGGCAGCGCUCCAGCCGCAUGCCGCACCAUCCGCUGCGCCGCCCUCGCCGGCGCCGUUUGGUGGCGGGCAGAGGGAAGGGUCUGCUCUGGGGAUGGCCGAGCAGGCGCCUGCUGCCGCCAACCACACAAUCGCCAUCCACCAGCUGCUUGCCGGCCUGGCACUGCCACACAAGCUGGCUGGUACCGCCAACAGCAUGGCAGCAGUCCAUGCCGCUUACCUAGACCUGGCGGCCCGCUUCCUGCCGCCACACUUCAUUUACAGCCACCUGAAUGACGCUGCCACCACGGAACGCGUGUGCGGCCUGCUCCUGGCUAACGGCACGAGAGUUGCGCUGGUGGGCAACGGCCCGCUCAGCGAGCUCGACCGCGCCGCCAUCGACGCCGCCCCCACCGUCGUGCGCUUCAACCUGAUGGACAAUGUGAGGGCUGGUGAGCGCACCACGGUGUGGGGGAUCAACGACGUCGUCCACGCAGCAGUGUACUUGAAGCGGCGCAAGUGGGCGCCGGGCGCGGGGACAGUGCUGCUCUUCUGCAAUACGCGCAUCGAAGCGGCACAGCUGAAGGGGCACAUGGCGGCGGCGGAGCAGCAGCUGGGUGCCUGCGGGCCGCGUGCGGCCUUUGUGCGCAACAACUGGGACAUCCCCUUCACGCAGCGGGUGGGCGAGCUGCUCAACCUGCGCGGCACGAAAGUGACGGUGGGAUUCCGAACGCUCAACCUGGUCCUGCACUGCCUGCCGCCAGAGGGGCGAGUGGACCUGUUUGGCUUUAGUUUCACGGUCCGGCCUGACACGUUCAUGCGCGGCAUUCACAACGGGGGCAUGGAGGCCGCCGUGGUGCGGCUUGCGCAGCACCUGCUGCCAGACCGGCUGAGCAUCCACGAGACGCCGUGCGCUGCCUUCCGCUCCUGCCCCGGCCUACCACCAGAGGAGGCUGUGCGGUGA